AUGGAGCAAACCCAAGCACCCGAGACCAGAGAGACCAGACCUCGCCGCAUUCGCCUUCACCACCCUGGCCGCUUUAAAACCUUCACCCUGAGCCUCAUGUGCGCCACCUUCGCCGUCUUCGGCGCCCUCGUCAUGGUCGCCCUCGCACAUACUCCCAAGGUGAACAACGAAGCCCACGCCAUCAACUCGACCACCACCGGCGGCGGUGACUAUGCCACAGCUGCUAUCAGUCCCGUCACCGCUGUCACUGACCAGGCCCCUACUGCCGCGGAGAAGGUCCCCCAUCAAGACGAGGAGAAGAACCAGGUCCUGCCCGAGGUCACCGCCCAGACCACCACCACGAUGUACAUCGACGACAACACCACGCUCGUCUUUACUACCCACGGCCCCGAGGUCUCGGUGUUCGUUGCGGGUGAUGCUGCGUCUGUCUAGAAUCUCUCUCGGCAACACCUUGGUGACCACCGUAUCGACCGAGGACGCUUCCGGGAUAUCGUACAGAUUUGAAGGGGCGGCAAGGCCAGGCAGGAUUUUCGGCUGAGAUGAAGAUGCAGUGGGAUUCGUUAUGAUCGUUUGUUUGCUCUUGGAGAGGUCCCAGCACGGCGGGGGAUCGUGCUGGUGCGGAAAGAACAAAAGGUUUUGGUCAAUGGCAUUACGGAAUGGCGGGAAUGAGGGAGAAUGGGAGGCAUUCUGGUC